AUGGAACAGAAUAAUCAAAAGAAAAAAAUCCAAAAAAGUGGCUAUCUUAAACGAAAAGAGCAAAACAAAAAACGUCUCGAUGAAAUUGUCUCUAAAUCUAAAAAAUUGACAAAUUUUUUCACACCCACUGUUUUAAAUCAGGAUUCCGCUGAACUGAAAAAAAAUCAAAAUCUAGAGUCAAAUCAGACUGAAUGUAAUUCUGAAAAAGUUUUACCAAAUUCACCGCUAAUAUCUCAAGUCCAUACAUCUAAUAUUGAUUUAACACAUUGUUUUUUUUCACCUUCUACAUCUACUUUAACUGAUUUACAUAUUUCUACAGACUCUGGAAAUAUAAUAUCCGAGAAUUAUAAACAAACAGAAUUAUUAAGUCAACAGCUACGCCUAUUACCAAAAACCACCUUAACCCAUUACAAACAAAAUUCAUUAUUUUGCUCUAUAUGUCUGGUUUAUUCUUCUAAAAAAUCGGUGUUCACAAGUGUUGAAGGAUUUGAAGACUGGGUGCAUGCGUAUGAACGUAUAAAAGAUCACGAAGAGUCGAAAAACCACAGAGAGUCGUCAAAAUAUUAUAUGAGUGAUAGUCAGGGAGAAAGUGUUGAUGGAUUAUUUAACAGAGUCCAGUGGAGUCAAAGAGAACAUGAAGUAAUAAAGAGAAGAUUAGCAGCUAAAACAAUAGUAGAAAUAGUAAAAUUCAUUGGCAAACAAGGAUUAUCAUUUCGGGGACAUAGACAUGAGGCUGCUUGCGAAUUGGACAAUCCAACCGUGAAUCAUGGUAUUUUUUUAGAAAUUGUUCUAUUAUUGGCAAAAACUGAUAUAAAUUUAAAUGAUCACGUCAACAAUGUAAUAGUUGAAAGCAAAAAACGAACAAAAGGCAAAGGAACCGAAGUAAACUCUGCUGGCGAAUAUUCAAUAACCAUGGAUUCAACAAUGGAUAUUUCUACUCAUGAUCAGUGUGUCUUUGUCUUACGAUAUGUACGAGACACAGUCAAUGAUAAUAUAUCAAGAAUUGAUGUUAUAGAAAGAGUAGUAGCUUUGAAAAAAGCAGUAUCAUCAUCUGGUCAAGCACUUUUUGACUUAUUGAGAAUAACUUUAAACUCAAUGAACGUUAAUUUGAAAAAUUGUAUUGCUGAUGCGUUUGAUGGCGCAGCGAACAUGAAUGGACAAUAUCAAGGUGUACAAGCAAAACUUAAAGAAGUGUCACCUAGACAUAUACAUACAUGGUGCUAUGCACAUAUCUUAAAUUUAGUAUUGCAGCAAACCACUUCAUACUCUGUGACAGUUAUUUCAUUUUUUGGACUUAUGCAAGAACUAUAUGUGUUUUUUAAAGAGUCUUAUAAAAGGCUUAAUAUUUAUGAAGGAAAUAAUGAUCGUUCUUCACAUUUAAUCAAUAUUGGAGCUACUCGUUGGCGAUGUAAAAGUGAUUCAGUACAAAAGAUAUUUGGUCGAGCUGAUAUGUGGAUAGUUGAAGCUCAACACGGAGAACGGAAAUCUUUUAUAUAUGUUAAAAUAGUUCUAUCCCUUUAUGAAAUUUCACAAUCCAAUGAUUUUAAUGUUAAUAUUAGAAGUAAUGCAAGAAGUUUGUUGGGUCGCCUUACGAGCUAUGAGACCACAUUAACAGCAAUGACAUUUCUUCAAAUAUUUAAGUUGACAACUCCACUGUCUGAUUAUUUACAAACAUCAAAUCUUGAUUAUAUCCAAGCUUAUAGAAAAAUUGUUGUUACAGAAAAAUUAUUAAAGCAAAAUCAACGAAAUUUUACUCCAAUAAGUACAGCAGCUAAGAUUUUUAUUAAUUUUGUCUCUGAAAAAAUUUGGAAAGAAGAAAAUGAAAUAGAAAUAGAGUUUGAAAUUCCUCAAAAACGAAAGCGAAUGGUAUCACGAAGAUUGGAGGGUAAAAUAGAUUAUGAAGAAACUAUUCACACUCCUGAAGACAAUUUUAAAAUUAAUACAUUUUUUCCAACGAUGGACGUCGUAGUUACAAGUAUGGAACAAAGAUUCGCCCACUGUAAAGAGCUUUACGGAGAUUUAGAGCUGUUUGAUCCUAGAAGGUUUAAAGACAUUAGAGACAAUGGAAUAAACCCUAAUGCCAUGAACGAAAUUUCCCAGUUAUUACCUACGAUCGAUAAUCAUGUUCUUUUAGAACAAUUGAAGUCAUUUGCACAUUUUUGGCCAACAAUUUCUAAAACAACUUUGAAAAAUACUGAUGAUAUUUAUGAACCAGAAUACGAUUCAGAAGAUUAUUUUGAAGACGAUAACUUUGUGUGUAAAAAAGAAGAAAAUUUAACGUGCGAACGCUCAUUUUCAAAAUUAAAAAUAAUCAAAACUCGAUUAAGAAGCUGUAUAAACCAAGAAAACUUAGAAGCUCUGUUUUUAAUGAAUUGUGAAAGAGAAUUAUUACUAGACAUAUCACCAGACGCAGUUAUUGAUUUCAUGUGUGAAAAAAGUAGUGAAAUGCUAAGGUUAUUAAAAGUAUGA